AUGCUUCACUUCCCUCUAGAAAACCUUUCUCUCUUGGACAGCAUGGUGUUAGGGGUCAUCCAGAUCAUGAUAAGCUCCUUCCACGUGCUAAUGUGGUAUUUCCUGUUGGACCUUUAUAGCAAACAGACAAAAGGAUAUUUUGGCAUAUAUAAUCCUAUAACCUAUAGAGUACAUUACCCAUCAUGGGCAAUCAGUUUCUUCUUCUCUGGAAUCUUCUCAGUCAAUGAAGCAAAGUACCCCUCCAUCCCAGCGAGAAAGUUGGUUUUCUUUGGAAACUUUGUGAGUGCCUCAGUAGCAUCAGUUGGAGUCAUUCUUAUAAUCAUUGAAUUGUGUUCAGAAGAAGAAAUGUCUUAUAAAAAUACUUCCAGAGCAAAUUUGGGAAGGGCAGUUUCCAUGAUUUUGUUACUCACCUCCCUCCUGGAACUCAGCCUCACAUGUACCUUCAUCUAUUACAUACUCUGUAAUUGGGAUAGCCUCAUGAAAGAGAACACAGCAGAGAUGGGCACGCACUUUGAUGUCAAAGAGCUAGAAUAUGGUGAGGAAGUGAAGGAGGAAGAAGAGGAGAAAGAAGAGGAGGAGGAGGAAGAAGAUGAUGAUGAAAAUAAGGAGAUAAUGGAGGAGGAGGAG